GGCUCACCGUGCCUGACGUAAUGUGGAACUGCCCUCCUAGGUGGGGGGAGGAGGAAACCUGUGUGAGUGCAGUGUUGGCUAACACUUUGCUCAGACUAAGGUGAAACCAACCUGAGCCUGGACUGAAAACCUACGAGGACUCUCGGGGGAUCCCAGAGGAUCAUCAGGUAGCCUACCGGGGGAGGAGAUGGGCCAGGCCGGGAUCCACAUCACACUGGACUUUCUUUUGGUGAUAGAGGACACCGAAUAUUGAAAACACACCAGAAACUUAAAAAGUGCUGACGGAUUCUCACAUUCUCUAACUGUAGUGUCAUGAAAUGUUCCAUCUGCUGUGAUUUGGAGUUUACCACCCACUGGGACACUCUCCUUGAAGAAUCAAGACAUUGUUCCAGACAAAGAUAAGUGUGCAGGCUUUAAGUUAUCUCGGAAAAAGGCUCCCUUCUGGCUCUAAUCGCAGAGACUUCACCCAGCAGACCUGAUAAGCUAAAGGGAAGAGGGGUGGGGGGGGAAUCAAUAUCUGGGGAAAUCUGAGCUCCCCACUCUGUGACCAUGAGUGAGAAAGUUCAGAAAGACUGGCGCGAGCUUGAACCCACCUACCCUGUCAAAAUCUUCCUGACGGUCCUGUACAGCCUCAUCCUGGUGACGGGCAUCCUGGGUAACUCGGUCACGAUCAGAGUGACCCAGGUGCUGCGGCGUAACGGCUACCUGCAGAAGAACGUGACCGACCACAUGGUCAGCCUGGCGUGCUCGGACCUGUUGGUCCUGCUCAUCGGCAUGCCGGUGGAGCUCUACAGCGCAAUCUGGUUCCCGUUCACAACCGAACAGGGGGACGCUCCGUGCAAGAUCUACAACUUCCUGUUCGAGGCUUGCAGCUACGCCACGAUCCUCAACGUAGCCACGCUUAGCUUCGAGCGCUACGUCGCCAUCUGUCACCCGUUCCGCUACAAAGCCUUGGGGGGCAAGCGCACCUCCGUCCUCAUCACCUUCGCCUGGCUGGUGUCCGUGCUCGUGGCCCUGCCGCUGCUGAUCGCCACGGGAGCACAGGGACACAUUCCCCACCGGGCGGACGCCCCCGCCCAGAAUCUGACUUUCUGUACCAACCUGCGGGAGCACUGGGUGAUGUACAGGGUCAGCAUCUUCGUGGCUUUCAUCGUGUACAUGGUCGUGGUGAUCGGCGUGGCCGUCAUGUGCUGGGCCAUGGUCCUGGUCCUGCGGAGACCUUUGGGAGGUGCGGAUGGCGGCGGCGGCGGCAUCAACGGAGCUCAAGGAGCCGCCAAGCACGAAGAUUCAAAGGCCAAGACAGCCAGGAAGCAGACCAUCAUUUUUCUUGGUCUCAUCGUGGGGUCCUUGAUGGUGUGCUGGCUUCCCAACCAGAUUCGUCGUCUUAUGGUGGCUGCCGUGCCCAAAUCCGACUGGACUAUUACCUUCUUCCGGAGCUACAUCACUCUCCAUCCUGUGGGCGACUGCUUCUUCUACCUCAGCUCCGUGCUCAACCCGUUCCUCUACAACCUCUCCUCCAGGCAGUUCAGGGAGGUUUUUGUCCAGGUGCUGCGGUGCCGCCUCACCAUCGAACACGUCAACAAGCGCACCGUGCGCAGUGCCCACCCUGCCUCCGCGCGCUCCCUCCAGCCGCUAUUGAAGUCGUUUCGUCGCAACAGGGCCGGCCACCCAACCCUCGCAGAAGGGAAAACUCAUCCCACCCUUACAACCAUUCAGAGUCAAAGUGACUCAGGAGUGGCUUCAAAUAGUCUUAGCCUGACUGAAGAGUCUGAUUUAAUUCUCCAAACAAAGACAGAUGUACCAUCGGAGAGUGAAGUAUAAUGUGCUGUACAAUUUAAUGCAACAAAAGUGAACAGUAAAAACAAGUGAGGGAUGCUUGUGCUUUGCCAUCAGAAACCAAUAAAGAGAUACUCCUUAUACACAGUAAACACAGUACAAAGUGUUAAUUCUGGAAUUUCACUAACAGAUCACGAUCAGCUGACAAUUUGGCACAAUAACAAGCUUCAUGGGACUCCUUAAGUAUGAAAUAGUUAUCAAGUCAGAAAGUGAUAAACACAAAAAGCUCAAAUAUUCAGUUAGCAUGAAGACCCUUGCCUGGGUCCAGACCUUUUGAAUCCACCCACAUCACCCAGUUGACUGAUUUGUCUGGCAUUGUGACAUGAAGUGGCGGUUUGUCGAUUGACAAACGAUCGACCCAAUGAGCGCCGCUGGGGUACUAACGAUCGACCCAAUCAGCACAAGGGGUGGCACUAACGCUGUUUAAAGCGUUGUCAAGCUGUGUUUACAUAGACAGCAUGUCUUUCAAUAUCUCCCAACAUCAUAGUUUGUUGUUGUUCCACUAAAGGAAAACUUUGCCAAUCCUCAACCAGCUCUAUGUUAUACUGUAUUAGUACAUGCAGGUGGAAAAGUCUGCGUUGCGUUAACCAGCAGACCCCCGCCAGUGAGUAAAGGGGUUUUUACACUAGACGCAUCCAAGGUGGCCAUCGUGACGUCAAAAUGACGUAAUAUCCAUGCCGGUGCGCCCGAUUUAUGGCGCACGAGCCGAGGUCGCGCACGGCUCUUUUUUUUUUUUUCAGCGGCGCGCAACAAAGCGGAAACAGGAGGCCUGAACGAGUUCACCGACAACCGGAUGCCAGGACUCUGAGUGACUGCAAGUCUCUCUGGGUAAACUUACUGGGUUAAGAUGGGUUCUUUUAUGGCGAAUGAAAGGCUCGAUCCGACAAAGUAGGUCAUCCAAUCAAAUCGAAGCAUUGACACUGUUUACCUUUUGUCUUCUUCUUCUAGUCCGUAGAAAGAGCAGCAUCGGUAGCCUUUGCUCAUUAGUGCCACCGCUGUUCAGGAGAAAACCGCAGCUACCGUCGCGAGCACCAGCGCGGGUAUAAAUGGUCACGGCGAUCCCAUGACGUCACAUUUGUACGCGCCAGCUGGGCUGCGUCUAGUAUAUAAGACGUUUAAGUGGGGAGCUGAGGGCGCGCAGGCAACACGGAGGGACACACCGUUUAUCUGCACACACUGCCCACACUGCAAUGACACAAAGCUGGUUGAAAAUUGGCAGAAUUUCACUUAAAAACAACGGCAAAACCAGUAUGUUGGAUUGGUUUACCAUCAUUGUGGAAUACUGAUUGGUUAGGAAAAAAUUUAAUCCUGGUCCGCGAGAAAUAAAAAAAAAUUGUUUAGAGUGGAGGCAAUGUCAUACUGAAGCGUAACGAGUUGAUAAUUCUGUCUGAUUAUCAGGCAAUGAAGACCCACAGCUUGAGUUAAAGGCAGUGGAGUUUGUGACCACUAGGGGUGCUAUGGAGCACUGUUUUGGUGUGCGGGUCUUACAAUGUUUGCAUCUCGUGGGCAAACAUCACAUGACAUGUAUACACUCAUUAAUACAACACAUUUAUAUCUUGUUGACUGCAGAGGGUGAACUUGCAAAUGUGCAUCCAAUUAGCUCCCAGGAACAGCAGUGAGCUGUAAGGCGAUUUUGGCUUAGUGGCCACAGUUGGAAUAGCAGGUCACAUGACGUGCACUGGCCCAAUAAUACUUGCCUAUACACAUUCAUUACAAAAGCAAAGACUGUAAAAUGAUAAUUACAAUACUCCAGAAUCACUCUUUAUAUCAUCAGAAUUUGAGCCUUUAGGUUCAUCAAAUUUCAAAAGUCAGGAAGAGCAGUAAAUAAGUAAAUAAUUUCAGGAAACCAGCAAGAAGUCAUUAUGCUCAAUGGGCCAAAAAGUGCAGCAGCCCGAGUAAGUUAAUAACUUUUCCAGUGUAUGCACCCAGUGAGCAACUUUCACUGGAAUGAACUGUGGUUUUCUAUGCCUUAAAUAACCAAUCCCAUGUCCCAAUGGUGUAAAUGUCUCCAUGUGCAUGAGGUUAAUAUGUUAACUGACAAAAAAUAAAGAAGUAAUUGUAUCCUGCAU